AUGGGUACUAGCUACUCCACACCUGGCAUACGGCCCAAAGACCUGGAACGCUGGAAUCGCCAAGGCAGGCCAGUCCGGAUAGACGAGCGCCGUUGGGCCAGGAGUCCAGGCGGCCGACGAUAUGUGGAGACCCGGCAGAGAUAUACUCGAGGAGACCCUUUUGGUGACUUCGCCCUCGACGGAGGUGGUCGGCUUCCAAUACAUCCUAGUGCAGUGAACGGGUUCGGUCAAAGACCGCCUUUCCCAGGCGUAUAUCCCAAUCCGGGGGGCGGCCCAGAUGUCGUGGUUGGAGGUGGCUUUGACGAACCGUACGCUGAAGAAAUUCCUGCGUUCAAUCGACCCAUUGUGUUGGAGCAAAUGCCGGUAUUUCAAAGACACCCGUUGGUUGUAGAGGAGGACGAUCUGGACUUCCUCCCUAGGGGCAGGUUCGGUCGACAAGACGAUAUACAAUUUGGACAACCACCACGAUUCAUGUUCGGUUUCCUGAUGAUGGACUCCCUCCUAGGCGGGCUCACCAUCCAUCUCCUGGAUUCAGAUUUGCUGGGAACGACUUCCAACCACGAGACGGACACUUCGACGGCGCGUACGGGCGCUACAGAUCGACCGCGUUUGGAAGAAGUCCAUCACGAUUCUCAUCCAAUAUCUCUGAUGACACUUCAUUGGAGUCAUGGGGGCCCGUCCGGGGAGGUCGCAGUCCAUCUCCUGGCUUCAUUUUUGCCGAAGACGGCGUUCCACUCCGAGGAGGGACUUCCUGAGAAUAGAUGA